GGAAGUGGAGGUCAUGCCGAUGACAUCACCCAGGAGAGAGCCUUCAUCAUCAACUCUCUCAUUACCAAAACUAAGGUAAACUGGGCUGCACACUUUUUCAAAUCCAUUUCAAAACAUCUAGGAAAGCACAAUCAGAAGUAUCUCUGUCAAGGUCUGUAUGUUGGACAUAUUUUGGAAUCUAUGGGCGCUGCAGUUAAAUGGAAAAAGUAUGAAGCCAGAUACUGGCUAUACUACUUAUCCUCCAAAGGAGAAAACAGAGCUAGUGCUAGUGCCACUGCAGAAGAAAGCUCAUCAGACAAUGUUCCACUCAUCAAUCUUGCAAAGACUGCCAAGAGAAAGCAUGUGGUGUCUUCCUUUCCAAGUGCUGAAGCACCACAGAAUCUUGCUCCAAUAAAUCUUGAAGAAGAAGAAGAAUCCUCUGACCAAGGAGAACUUCAAAGGAAGAAGAAGUGGAAGAUCAACUCUCCAUCAACAUCUAGAAAUGUCAAUCCGGAUGAGUUGAAGGAGAAGGAAGCUGCUGAGGAAACCUCUGCUCAAAACCGGAGCCCUCAACAACUUGAAGAAGAAAUUCCUCAACUCUACUAUGGUUGGAAAGCCUGGAAAGUUGGAAAUUCAGUAGAGCAACUGUUGAAUUGGGACCAACAACUGAAGAAUAAGAAGAUCAUCAAAAAGUGCUUAGGAAUACCAGUCAACCACAACUGUGAACAAAUUUUGGAUGACUACUGGGUAUGGCAAAGGAAUCCUGAAGACUUGCAUCUGGAAUACCUGGCCAACACACCAGUUUCUGACUCUGAAGCAGAUGAUGAAGAUCUUGCAGUCUUCAAGUCAGUCUUCUCAAAAGACACAGAAGAUCAAGUGGUUUUCACUUCUGAAGCACAAGGUGUUUUGGAAGCAGCAGCUGAAGAUUUCCAAACACUUCCGGAAACCUCACAUGUUUCUGAAAUGGUUCUAACUGAAGUUGUAGAAGAGAAGGCAACCUCACCCCCACAAGAACAGAACCAGGAAACAGCA